GACGGAGUGAUAAUAAAGGUCCGGGUCUCCGGUUGCAUAUUGUUGGACACGGAACACCGGAUGAGCGCAGGAACUGGCUGUGAGAGCCGGUGUAACUUUACCUGGACGAGACGAGACGGGACUUGUCCUCUCACUGAAGUUUCAGUGUCUGUCAUGAUGAUCGUCCGUAGCGGAUAGGAAAAGGGGUGUGUGUGCAUGUGGCCGCGGGUGGUGGAAGUGGACCAUGGAGCCUGAUGUCGUCCGUCUGUACUCUUCCUCUCCACCACCUCUAGAUGAGACUGGAGAGGAAGAAGAGGAAGAUGAGUUUGGUGAGUUCGGGGGUUUUGACGGAGGAGGAGUGUCGUCCAGUUUUAGCUUGUCUGAGCUUGACACGCCCACAACAUAUGACCAAUCAAAUGCACUGGAGGACUCCCCACCUGACCUGAUCAUCAAAUGCACACAGAAUAUCAUCGUUUCUGAAAACAAUGGAUGGACGAAUGAGAAGGAGAGAGAAACUGAAUCAAUCAGCAGCUUUGGAAUAGCUGAGAAGGAAUCAUCAGGGAUUCUUACAAAUGGCAUGACAUCCUCUGACCUACAGGUGGAGCUUUCAGAUAGAUCUGACCAGAACUCCCCCUCUAUGGGCAGUGAUGUCCAAAAUAGCAGCACAGGUGAUGAGCACAGUCUCAGUAAUGGCUACAGUGAGUCUUGUUCAAAUUCAGACCUGGACCAGUCUCUUCAUAACUGCUUACAAAGCACACACAUUGAGGUAAAUUAUGGACGGGAUGCCAGUAUAGCUGAUGUUUUAGACAGAAGCCGCAUAACAGACAAGCUGCCAGACUCGAACAAUCACUCAUCUUGUACUGAAGCAUGUGAACUCAGAGACACAGAAGCAGGGCUGGAGAUAUGUGGCAACUCCCAGUUUCUUUCUUCCUGUAGAGAUGCACAAGAGGUUGAAGGUGAGCAGGAUCAAAGCGAGAACUGUUUUGCCGCAGACUGUCUAGAUGAGUCUAUGGACCAUGUUGACAAAGCUGAAGCUGAAACUGUUUCCUCAGUGGAUGCGGAUCUAAUCUCUGACAUGCAGCUGAGUGGAGACACAAUAGAAAUUCAUGGAUCAUUUGCAAACUCAGAGGUGGGAAUAGAUGCUGAAGUUGAGACAUCUGCAGACCCCACAGCUGACGAGGAUUUCUGCGACUUCAGAGAUGCAACUCAGGGUUUCACAGACUUCAGUCGGACUGAAUCUAUGACCCAGGAAGGGCUUCCUGAAUUUGUGACGGCCAUGUCCAGGUGCUCCACAGACGAUGAUUUUGGUGACACUGACACCCUAAAAGACUUCAAGGAGGAAGAUGAGCUGGCUGAGGAAAUGACCGGUGAAGAAGGAGGCUUUUGCUCUGAGUUGCCUCCUAGUGACAGUUUUGCAGACUUUAGUUCAGCUCCAUUUGAAGGUGCAGCAGGGGGAGAAGACGACGGUUGGGCUGCAUUUGCUCCACGUGAAAGCCCAAAAGGGGAUCAGGAUUCAUGGGCCACAUUUGGAGAGGAACAGAGCACUUAUGCCGGUAAAGAAGAACAAGAUGUUGAGACUUCAUCAGCGCCCUCUAGGGAAGACAUCCAGAGUAGCACUGUUGAUUUCAGCUGCAAAAUACAGCAUCUCUUCAAAACCGCCUUCCCUUUAGAUGUCCAUGCUGAGGUCAGCGAGGUUACUGAGGUCUUGCCUCUUCAUAAAUUCCUGCCGGCUCAGGAUCCUCAGGAGCAAAGGGAUCCAAGCAGCUCCUUUUUUGCACAGGAAAAUGCAUUGGUCAUGUGGCGCCACCUUCAGGACAUUCUCGGCAGUCAUGGCCUUAAGUUUAAGUGGGCAGGUUCCCAUAGCAACAGAAUUCUUCUGAAUUGCCUAGGAAUCAGGAAUAUUUUGUUCACUGGAGACAAGAACCAACCACUGAUCGUGCCUAUGUUUGCUGCCGGACUUGGAAUGCUGGAACCCACCAAAGAGUCUCAAAAAUCUCCAGCCUCCCCUGCACUUUGCCCUUCUGCUCCUCUGGAGAGUGGAAAUAUUCUAUGCACUCAGGUGGCGCCCUCACUGGCCAUUAGUAUUGACGCUCAAGAUGAAGGAAUCUCCAAAUUAAAUUUGGACUAUUUUGGACCUGUGGAUGAAUGUAGCUCAGAUAGUGAAACUGACACUCCACUACCAGGUGUUGAUCCAGAGAUAUAUGAACUGACUACAGCUAAAAUGGAGAACAACACCACUGGUCGCAACAUUGCAGAUGCAUUUACAAAACUUAUGGAGUCUAUAGAGAAAACCAAACCAACAGUCAGGAAACCAGAAACAGAUGAAGAGAUGAGCGAAGAAGCAGCAAAGGUCAUCUCACUUCUCCCUGACCUGUCUUUCAUGAAGGCCAGGGUUUUAAUGUUCCCCUCCAUUUUAACGCCAGCAGCCAAUCACACAUAACCAAUAAGCUUCGAGUUCAAAGUCAUUGCAUGGUCAUUCAUUGUUUAUCGACAGCUACAGAGAACAAAUCAAGUUAUUCUUUCUUCCAAACAAAAGAAGACCUUUAAUAUAACAAGCUAAUCAUUUGAAAGCUGCCUAUUUAUUGACUUCUGCAGUUCCCACUAUAUGUGAAAAUAUUCAAUCUGGGUUUGUUUUGUUCUCAGCAAAAGGGACACGCGGCUUUCAUAUUUUAUAUACAGUAUUUAGACCAGCAUAUUAACCUUUUAUUAUUGCUUAUUAUGAUUUUAUUUUAGAGUGCUGUUUGUGAAAAUGUGAGUACUUUUCAUUUAGAGGUGAAAUGCAGAAUUGCACAUUUUACUACUUGAAACCAGACACACACACACACACACUUUUCUUUUAAUUUCUUUGUAUUUUUAGAAUGUCAUUAAGUUCAGUUCUUCCUUUAAUUGAUUCAUUUUAGUUUGUUGUACACCAGAAAUGUCCAAUCUCUGUCCUGGAGGGACAGUGUCCUGCAAAGUUUAGUUCUAACCCCAAUCAGAGACCCCUGGGCUAGCUAAUCAAGCUCUUACUAGGCUUUCU